GAGAAAAAUUCCAAUUUGGGUGAAUUUUCUUGGGUGCAACUAAAUUUUCAAUUUGAUUAACAUGAUACAAGUUGCCAGAUCGGUAAAUUCUGUGGGGUGGCAACCUUUGCAUCGGGAAGCAAAAUCAAAACAUUCUGUUGGGCCCCCCAAAUUUCCCCAAUUUAGACGAAAUUAUGCCGGCAGGUCGUAAACGGAUUCAACGUAAUGGUAUACGUGUACGUGAACUUGCAACCCCCACGAAGUCGCCACACUGCUGCAUUGCAGUUGUUGUCGUUACAUGCGGCAAAUGUACGCUAGAAACACAUAGAAUUUAAUGUUUAAUAAACAGUACAUUUGUAGUGCUUGAUUGUGCAAUAUGCGUCACAACAACAACGAACUUGAUUACCUGCAAAUCUGAAAAGCCGUCCACAACACAAAUACACAACAACAACACAAAAGUCAAAGUGCAAGUUGGAAAAUUUAAAAUUGGGAAAUUGGAGUUUGCAAUCGAUGCCACAUUGUCACACAAUGGUUUAUAUGCGCAUAGUGCUGACGACCUUGGUGACGAUAACGUGUCUGUUGGGUGACAAUUUCGUGGAGCUGACACAACACCCGCUGCUGAAGGCGCUCGCUGAUAAUGCGACACAUGCAGCAAUUGGCGCCUUGACGGGCAUCGCAUUUGCCAUGCAAUUCUAUGAGCGCACGAGUCAAUUGUUUGGCUGGAUAUUGAUUUUCAGCUGCUUUGUGGUGUCCUCGUUCAUCGACUUGGAUCAUUUUGUGGAGGCGCGUUCGCUCUACCUGGAGGAUGCCACCAAUCUGUCGCGUCGUCCAUUUUUGCACUGUUCCAGCAUUGUGCUGGCCAUGUUGCUGUUCUACAUUUGCACCGCGUGCCUCAAUUACUUCCGUAGCAGCCUGUUAUUGGGUGCACUGCUCUGUGCCUUCAUUACGCAUCACACCAGGGACGCUGUGAGGCGUGGUUACUGGUUAUGGCCAUUCUACGAGCACACGGAACGCUUGCCACAAGUGGCCUACAUUGUGAUCACCGUACUGACGCCAUAUCUAAUGGGUUAUCUGCAUAACGUUUGUCGCAGCACCCUUGUCCUUAACUUUUUGGGUCAAUAUGUUAAGCUAAGUGAAUGCAACUAUCGCAAUGGAGCUGGAACCGGAGCUGGUGGCUCCAGCGCCACUUAUCGUUAUUUGCAGGUGUAAAUUUGUGAUACUAACUAAUCGAUUAACUAAUGGAACUACUACAAAUUAUGCUUAUUUAGGCUGCAAGCUGAAUUAGUUUAGCUUUAAGCAAAAAAAACCCAAAUACUUCCACAUUACAGGACACAAUUUUAUUAUCAUUAUGAAUAACAAUAAUUAUUUGAAUUUAUAACUCUGUUAGACAUAUACGAGUACCUUUAGGAGAAUUAUCAAUAUUAAAUAGCGUAGUUUUUUACUAGAAUUCAAAUCGAAACACAACAAAACAUACCCAGAUAAUAUCCAGAUAUUGUGAUAUUGUAGCAUAAGCAUAUAGUAGAUAGAAACUGAAGCAUAGCGCACAAACUAAUCGAUUUUCAACUUCCAAUAUUUAUGCAAUUAUAUUCAAUUUUUAUCGUAGACAACUAAAGAAACUAAUUGUUAAUCCAACAAUCAAUAAUGUGCUAAUAAAUUCGCCUUGUAAACGAACACAAAAUAAUAAAAUUGCAAAUUCCUAU